GGAGGAGAGCUGACGUCAGCGGCAGAGUAUUAUGGUCUGUCGUGCGCUGGCUGCUGCUUUUCUGCUCCUGGAAGCGGCCGAGGGGGAAGCAGCUAGUCAACAUGGAGCUCUCGGCGGUGGGGGAGCGGGUGUUCGCGGCCGAGGCCCUCCUGAAGCGCCGCAUCCGGAAAGGACGUAUGGAAUACCUCGUGAAAUGGAAGGGCUGGUCGCAGAAAUACAGCACCUGGGAGCCCGAGGAGAACAUCCUGGAUGCGAGGCUGCUGGCGGCCUUUGAGGAAAGGGAACGAGAGAUGGAACUCUAUGGCCCAAAAAAGCGAGGACCCAAGCCUAAAACCUUCCUCCUGAAGGCCCAGGCCAAGGCAAAGGCCAAAACCUAUGAGUUCCGCAGCGACUCUGCUCGGGGCAUCCGGAUCCCCUACCCAGGCCGCUCCCCCCAGGAUCUGGCCUCCACAUCCCGGGCAAGGGAGGGCCUCCGGAACAUGGGGAACAUGGGUCUGUCCCCACCGGGGAGCAGCAGCACCAGCACCAACAGCACCUGCCGGGUGGAACCCCCUCGGGAGCGAGAGAGGGAGCGAGAGAGGGAACGAGAAAGGGAGCGAGAGCGGCUCAGCAGCCGUGCUGAUGACAAACCCAGUUCUCCGGGUGACAGCUCCAAGAAACGAGGCCCCAAACCCCGAAAGGAGCUCCUGGACCCCUCGCAGAGACCUCUGGGAGAAGCCACUGAUGGCCUGGGAGAGUACCUCAAGGGUAGGAAGCUGGACGACACCUCUUCUGGGCCAGGAAAGUUCCCUGCUGGCCACAGUGUGAUUCAGCUGGCCCGCAGGCAGGAUUCGGACCUGGUACAGUGCGGCCUGGCUAGCCCUGUCCCAGUUGAGGCCACAGGCAAGAUGGCAGUGGACACUUUUCCAGCCCGACUCAUCAAGCACAGGGCUGCCUUCCUGGAGGCCAAAGGGCAGGGCACCCUGGACCCUGGGGGAGCCCGGGUUCGGCAUGGCUCAGGCACCCCUGGCUCUGUGGGCAAUUUAUACCAGGACAUGGGAGCCCAGGGGGGCAGACCCUCCCUCAUCGCCAGAAUCCCAGUGGCCAGGAUCCUGGGGGACCCAGAAGAAGAGUCCUGGAGCCCUUCCCUUACCAACCUGGAGAAGGUGGUGGUCACUGAUGUGACCUCAAACUUUUUGACCGUUACCAUUAAGGAGAGUAACACGGACCAAGGUUUCUUUAAGGAAAAAAGAUGAGGUGUUGGGCAGGUGACCACAGGACAGGAAAGCAGGAGAGAGUGGGUGUGCAGUGUGGGCGUUGUCUUUUUUAUUUCUUUGGGGGGGGGGUCUGGGAGAUGCAGUUAGAGCUGGUCCAGAUCCUGCCACUUCACAUCCCUGGCCCCUUUCAUCCCUCCUCCUCCGUCCUCUGGCCCCCACCCCAUCCCAGUUUUGGUUGGAAAGAUUAUCUCUAGAGUUAUAUUUUCUAUUAGAUGUAAAUAUGUUAUUUAAGAAAAAUCUAAAUAUAUAUAUUUCAACUCU